CCUUCGAUACCCACAACAAACAGAGUGGUUCUUUUACCCCAACCAAUCUCCCCAUCGUCAAAUGCAGAACAAUGAGAACUCACCAUUGUUACUGCUCAAGUUCAAGUUCAACAGUUUCACUCGCUUCAUCACCCCCGAAGUUGCAGGAUAGCCUAUCCUAUUCUCGAGCAUACUGGGUCUCGAGAUCAGUUAUUGCUUGGAAUGUGGAUGCUGUUGGUGGUUCAUGUUUUUUAUACUCCAGUAGCUCUGCUGCUUUGACUAUUGCAGAAACUGGAAUUGAAGGCUAUGAUUUGAACAUUGAGCUUGAGAGAUAUGAUCAGAGGCUUCCUGAAAAUGUGAGAGAUAAGUUUCCUCAUAUACGAGAUUAUAAAGCUUUUAAGGUUCCUACAGCUUUGGAUCCCAAAACUAUACUCAAAGACCAGUUGGCUGUUGCUUUCUUUGAUGCCAAUGGACAAUGCAUUAGUGUUACUGGUUUGCAGCUACCUGGUGUUCUUGACGACCUUUUCUCUUAUACGGGUCCUCUUGGUGCUAUUUUCUCAAAUAAAGCAGUCUCACUUUUUCUAUGGGCUCCAACCGCUCAAGAAGUACGUGCACUAAUUUAUAGUGGACCCUCUGGUGGCGAAGCGCUUGAGAUCGUCCAACUUAAGGAGUCUGAUGGAGUUUGGAGUGUGAAUGGUCCAAGAAGUUGGGAGGGGUGUUAUUAUGUCUACGAAGUAUCUGUCUACCAUCCCAGCACCUUGAAGAUAGAAAAAUGUAUUGCAAAUGACCCAUAUGCCCGAGGGCUCUCGGGUGAUGGGAAGCGGACUUUUUUAGCCAAUCUUGAUUCUGAUGCUUUAAAACCUCAGGCAUGGGGUAAUUUGGCAGAUGAGAAGCCUGAGAUAGCAGAUUUUUCUGAUGUUAGUAUCUAUGAACUGCAUAUCAGAGAUUUCAGUGUUAAUGACCCUACUGUGCAUCCUGAAGUUCGUGGAGGUUAUCUUGCCUUCACCUCUCAGGACUCAAAUGGUGUACUUCAUUUGAAGAAAUUGUCAGAUGCUGGCCUCACACAUAUCCAUCUGCUGCCAGCCUUCCAAUUUGCCGAUGUUGACGAUGAGAAGGACAAAUGGAAGUUUGUGGAUAUGGAGAUGCUCAAAUCUUUGCCACCAGAUUCAGCUGAGCAACAGGAAUACAUCACAGCCAUUCAAGAUGAGGAUGGAUACAAUUGGGGCUAUAAUCCUGUUCUGUGGGGAGUCCCUAAAGGAAGCUAUGCAACUGACCCCAAUGGUCCAUGCCGUAUAAUGGAGUUCCGGAAGAUGGUGCAGGCACUUAAUCGUUUAGGUCUUCGGGUUGUGUUAGAUGUUGUUUACAAUCAUUUACAUGGAAGUGGGCCCAUAGCUGAUAACUCUGUGCUUGACAAGAUUGUUCCAGGUUAUUACUUGAGAAGGAAUGCAGAUGGUUUCAUUGAGAACAGCACAUGUGUAAAUAACACUGCGAGUGAGCAUUUUAUGGUUGAUCGUCUAAUCGUUGAUGAUCUUUUAAACUGGGCAUGCAAUUAUAAGAUUGAUGGGUUCCGGUUUGAUCUUAUGGGUCAUAUGAUGAAAAGUACCAUGAUGAGAGCUAAGAGCUUGCUUAGAAACUUGUCAAGGGACAAAGACGAAGUAGAUGGUUCAAGUAUUUUCAUGUAUGGUGAAGGUUGGGACUUUGGUGAAGUGGCAAACAAUGGUCGUGGCAUAAAUGCAUCACAGUUCAAUCUAGCGGGAAGCGGAAUUGGGAGCUUUAAUGAUCGAAUUCGGGAUGCAUUGCUUGGUGGAUCUCCAUUUGGUCAUCCUCUUCAACAGGGGUUUCUCACAGGAUUAUCUUUGCAACCAAAUGGUCACGACCAUGGUACGGAGGCUAAUGCAGCACAUACACUUGCUGUAUCAAAGGAUCAUAUUCAGGUUGGGAUGGCUGCAAACCUGAAGGACUUUGUGCUAACCAACUGCGAUGGCCAAGAGGUUAAAGGAUCGGAAGUUUUAACUUAUGGUGGAUCUCCUGUUGGAUAUGCUUCACAACCGGUGGAAACAAUUAACUAUGUGUCUGCUCAUGACAACGAGACCCUCUUUGAUAUUAUUAGUUUGAAGACACCCAUGGAAAUUUCUGUUGACGAGAGGUGCAGGAUAAAUCAUUUAGCAACAAGUGUGAUAGCACUUUCCCAGGGUGUUCCAUUUUUCCAUUGUGGAGACGAGAUACUACGUUCCAAGUCUAUGGACCGUGACUCAUACAAUUCUGGUGACUGGUUCAACAGGUUAGAUUUUAGCUACAGCUCGAAUAAUUGGGGUGUUGGCCUUCCUCCAAAAGGGAAGAACGAAAAUAGCUGGCCAAUAAUCAAACCAAGAUUGGCCUCCCCAUUGUUCAAGCCUCAGAAAAGUCACAUACUAUCUGCUCUUGAAAAUUUCCAAAACUUGCUACGUAUCAGAUACUCUUCGAUUCUCUUGCGUUUGAGGACUGCAAAUGCUAUUCAGGAACGAGUACGAUUCCACAACACUGGUGUGUCACAGAUUCCUGGUGUAAUAGUAAUGAGUAUUGAAGACGGCCAUGAAGGUGUUGCGGGGUUGUCUCAACUUGACCCAAUGUAUUCAUACAUCGUGGUCGUUAUCAAUGUUUGCCCAACUGAGAUCUCAUUUGCAAGCCCUGUUUUACGAGGAAAAGCUCUCCAAUUACAUCCAGUACAGAUGAUGUCAACCGAAAAUUCUACAUAUGAUCCAUCAUUAGGAUGCUUCUGGGUUCCUUCAAGAACUGCUGCUGUAUUUGUUGAGCCUCGAUAGAAAAAGCGUCGGCUUUUUAGGGUUACAUCUUACCCUUUCCAGACCCGGAUGAGAUUUACUGUGGGUCUGUUUGGUUUACUAUUGUUAUAUUUGAUUCUAUGAAUCUUGAACAAGCAAUUCGGACUUACAGGGGCAUGUAUGGUCUGUUUGUAGCGUACAAGUGGAUGAUGCACAAUGCAGGUAAAUUGAGAUGCAUAGUUCAUUUGUAGAGUACAAGAGGGCAAUGCAAGCCAGUUGGGAUCUGUGGACUGUUAUAUUUAAUUAAUGUUGUAAAAGUCAGCUCCUGCUUAGUUGUGUGCAUUGCCAACAACUGCUAAUCACUUGUUUGG